AUGGCAAUUGUUUUACCACCAUAUUUAAAAUAUAUUUCAUUCUUGAUGAUUUUAUUUGCUAUUCUUUGCAAAUAUGAAAUUCCUCUUGAUCCAUCAACAUCCGAUAGAAAAACCUUGUUGUUUACUAAAACAGCUACGGUUCAAUGUGAUCGAGCACAUGUAUAUAAAGUUAUAACAAAUAUUGAUAAAUAUACAUCGUGGUAUCCAAAUGUUGCUCGUGUUGAGCAUGUUCAAUUGGUUCCAUCACGUGUGCAUAAUCAUGAAGGUGAAAAAUAUCGAUUGAUUACGAAAUUUCCUAUAAUUGGUGAUGUACCACUUGAUUUAGUAAUUCAUACAGAUGAUCAACCGAAACAAUUUAUAUAUUCUGUUGAUUCAUGGUUACUUGAAACAAAUCUAAUUGAAUUAAAAGAUAUUUCAACAAAUGUAAAUUCAACACGUAUUGAAUGGACUGUUUACACAAGACGACGUAGUAUUCUUUUCCAAUAUAUGAUCUUACCAUUUGCUAAUUUUUAUAAAAAUCAGCUUGUUCGUGAAGCAUUAUUUUCACUUGUAAUGCAAGUUCGUGAUCUUUAA